AUGUAUGCCCGAUGCGGCAGCGUGGCAGAUGCCCGCAAGGUCUUCGAUGAUCAAGCGCUCCAAAACAAUAUCUACUCGUGGGCGAUCAUGAUCUCGAUCUACGCCCGCGCCGGCGACCUCGAUGAAGCCCAGGCCCUCUUCGAUCGGAUCCCACUGCGAAGCGCGGUUGCGUGCAAUACGAUGCUAGCUGCUUAUGCCCAGAUUGGGGAUUUGGAGAGGGCGAUGGCGAUCGCGCGAGAAAUCGAAGCUCCGAAUCUAGUUUCUUUAAAUUUGGUGCUAUCUAUCUACGCUAGAUCUAGUCGAUGUGAAGCUGCCGAGCGUUUGUUCUUUGCAAUGCCCUACUGGACGCUUGCUUCGUGGACAGCCCUAAUCACUGCAUUUGCCUACACUGGGCAAAUACUCAAAUUACAGCACUUCUUUGCGAAUAUGCCUCAGCACGACAUAGUGGCGUGGAAUGCACUUCUGGAUGCGCACGCCCAAAAUGCCAACGUGGAGAGUGCCGCGGGGAUAUUCUGGCGGAUGCCUCAACGGAAUCUAGUCUCGUGGACAACGAUGCUCGCAGCAUAUGCCCAAGCAGGGCAUAUCCUUGGGGCUAAGGCACUUGUCUUGUUCGAGAGAUUCCAAGAUGCCGCUGACGUGUUUUCCUGGACAACAAUGUUGGCGGCAUAUGCCGCUAGUGGUUACAUAAGCGAAGCAAAGCGUAUAUUUGAUAAGAUGCCCCAUCACAGCAUCGUCUCGUGGAACUCUAUUCUCACGGGAUAUUCCCAGAACGGGCAUCUUGAGCAUGCAAUGGAGGUGUUUCACGUGAUGCCGCGGAGGAACCUCGUGUCAUGGAACAUCCUUCUCUCGGCAUAUUCUCUGGCUGGGAAUGUCCCAUUGGUUAGAAGAUUCUUCGAGCAAAUGCCCGAGAAGUCCAUACUCUCAUGGAACUCGAUGCUGGGAGCGCAUGCCCAGAACGGUCAUGCCUUGGAAGCUCUCGAAAUUUUCAAGUUUGUGAAGCUAGUCGAAGCUCCAGACGAUGUAACUUUCAUCUCAGGACUCAUCUCUUGCAGCCACGCCGGGAAAGUCCGCGAUGGAAUCGCGAGCUUCGUGUCCAUGCAGCUCGAUUUCAAUUACAGCGAUCUCCAGCGAGGAGCAAGCGCUGCUCGAUCUGUACUCGAGUUAGAUCCACUGAAAACAUCAGCUUACGAUUUGCUUGCAAAUAUUUACUCCAUAGACGGAUGGUUCUACGCCCCCUACGAGAAUUCCAAGACCGUCUUCAAACUAUCUAGCUUCGUGUUAGAAGACUCUUAA